GGUUCGCAUCCCAGCCCGGGCCCAUGUUGAAGCUGCCGGGAGGCCAGGCGUGCGCUGGGGCGCUCGCGGGCGCUCUCCUGCUGCUGCUAUUCGUGCUGGUGGUCCGCCAGCUCCUGAGGCAGAGACGACCGGCGGGCUUCCCCCCGGGUCCUCCGCGGCUGCCAUUUAUCGGCAACAUCUGCUCCCUGGCCUUGUCGGCCGAUCUUCCCCACGUCUACAUGAGGAAGCAAAGCCGGGUGUAUGGCGAGAUUUUCAGUUUAGAUCUUGGAGGCAUAUCAACUGUGGUUCUAAAUGGCUAUGAUAUAGUAAAGGAAUGCCUUGUUCAUCAAAGUGAAAUUUUCGCAGAUAGACCAUGCCUUCCUUUGUUCAUGAAGAUGACAAAAAUGGGAGGCUUACUCAAUUCUAGAUAUGGCAGAGGAUGGAUUGAUCACAGAAGAUUGGCUGUUAACAGCUUUCAUUAUUUUGGAAGUGGCCAAAAAUCUUUUGAAUCUAAAAUCUUAGAAGAAACUUGGUCUUUAAUUGAUGCUAUUGAAACAUACAAAGGUAGACCUUUUGACCUCAAGCAACUGAUAACAAAUGCUGUUUCAAACAUAACUAACCUUAUCCUUUUUGGAGAACGAUUCACUUAUGAAGACACUGAUUUUCAGCACAUGAUUGAGUUAUUUAGUGAGAAUGUGGAACUAGCUGCCAGCGCUCCAGUCUUCCUUUAUAAUGCAUUUCCAUGGAUUGGCAUCUUACCUUGUGGAAAACAUCAAAGGCUAUUUAGAAAUGCAGAUGUGGUCUAUGAUUUCCUCUCCGGACUUAUUGAAAAAGCUGCAGUCAAAAGAAAGCCUCAUUUACCUCACCAUUUUGUUGAUGCCUAUUUAGAUGAGAUGGAUCAAGGUCAAAAUGAUCCUUUAUCUACAUUCUCCAAAGAGAAUCUAAUUUUUUCAGUGGGUGAACUCAUUAUUGCUGGAACUGAAACUACAACCAAUGUGCUUCGCUGGGCAAUUCUUUUCAUGGCCCUUUAUCCUAAUAUUCAAGGACAAGUUCAUAAAGAGAUUGAUUUAAUUAUGGGCCACCACAGGAGACCUUCUUGGGAAGACAAAUGCAAAAUGCCUUAUACUGAAGCAGUUUUACAUGAAGUUUUAAGAUUCUGUAAUAUAGUUCCACUGGGGAUUUUCCAUGCAACUUCUGAAGAUACAGUUGUACGUGGCUAUUCCAUUCCUAAAGGCACAACAGUCAUUACAAAUCUUUAUUCAGUUCACUUUGAUGAAAAGUACUGGAAAGACCCAGACAUGUUCUAUCCUGAGCGAUUUCUGGACAGCAAUGGAUAUUUUAUUAAAAAGGAAGCUUUGAUUCCUUUUUCUCUAGGGAGAAGACAUUGUCUUGGAGAACAGCUGGCUCGGAUGGAAAUGUUCUUGUUUUUUACAUCAUUGCUUCAGCAAUUUCAUUUGCAUUUUCCACAUGAACUAGUUCCAAACCUAAAGCCCAGGUUGGGCAUGACAUUACAACCCCAGGCCUACCUCAUCUGUGCAGAACGACGCUGAAAGUGCACAAAUGUAUUGGGGAAUAACCUUGUUGAAUCAAUAAUGGUUUUGGGCCAAAGCCACACUUUUAUAAAGCCAAGUGAACACAAAUACACUGUUUAAAAUAGUACUAGAGCAAUAGCAAGCAUUAAUUAUGUUUUUUUCAAAUUUACAUGAAUUCUUAUUGCAGAAUUUAUUGAACAGCACAGAGGUACAGGUGUUAUGAAGAUACUGAAAAGGGCCAUGUGUGCUCUAAACAAACCUUUUGCUUAGUUUAAGAUUCUUCUCAUUUGUCUUCAUCCUAAGGAACUUUACUCCCACUCCCGUAAUGGUGUGAUGUAUACCCCUACACAUAUACAUAAUUAAAAUAAUAGAAAGUCUUUUUUAAAAGUAGGAAGAACAUGGAUUUAAUUUUAAUUGUAUUAUCUGGUAAAAAUUUCCUAGUUCUCUGGUUCAAAUUAGGAGGUUUUGGCAUCUGAUAUAUUAAGAUAUUUCUAGUUCCAAGGGAAAGAAAAUCCUGGGCAGACAUAACAAUUGGAAAUUUAGAGGUAACAUGAAAGGAUUAAGGUUGGAAUAGAAUGCAUGAUUCAUGAUUUAAUUAUUUUUUUACAUCCUGAUCAAAACUUCUCUAUCCUCUCUUCCUCAGCCUUCCUUCUAAACUCACCUCUUUCCCAUGUACUCUACUUCCCCUUCUCAGGAAAGGGAAGGCCUAGAAGUUAGAUUAAGCCCCUGCUCCUACUUUAGGAGUCUCACAUGAAGAGCCAUCUGCACAACUAUUACAUAUAUACAGUGUAGGUCCAUCCCAUGCAGGCUAUCUCAUUGGCAGUUCAGUUUAUGAGCAGCUAUGGGCCCAGGUUAGUUGAUUUUGCAGGUUUUCUUAUGGUGUCCUUCACCCCUGUGGCUCCUUCAAUCCUUCAAGCUCUUCCACAGCAUUCCCCAAGCUCCACUUAAUGUUGUCCUGUGGGUGUCUGCAUCAGUUUCCAUCAGUCGCUGGGUGAAGACUCUAUAAUGACAGUUAUGCUCAGCUCCUGUAUCCAAGUAUAGCAGGAUAUCAUUAAUAGUAUAAGGACUGGGCUCCCUCUCAUGGCAUGGGUCUUAAGCUGGGCCAGUCAUUGGUUGACCCUUUCCUCAAAUUCUGCUCCAUCUUUACCUCCUCAUGUCUUAUAGGCAGGAAAAACUGUGUCUAAGGUUUUGGGGCCCUGGGAAUUUCCAUUGUCCUAAGUCUUUUGUUUCAGUGAUGCUUCCCCACCCCCAUCCAGUUAUCUCUCUCAAUACACUCUCCCUCCAUCCUCCCCCUCACCUCACCCCUCCUGUGCCCUCCGAGUCUCUUCUCUCACCCAUCCCCCCUCACAGCCUCCUCUGAUGUCUAAUCCAUUUUCCCUUCUCUAUUGUCCCACCUUGGGCCCUCCUUGUUACUUAGCUUCUUUUAGUCUUUGUUUUGUAGAUGGCUAUCCUUUACUUUAUGACUAUAUCCACUUUAUGAGUUGAGUAUAUACUAGAUAUGUCCUUCUUGGUCUGGGCUACCUCACUCGGGAUGAUUUUUUUCUAGUUCCAACCAUUUGCCUGCAAACUUCAUGAUGUCCUUUUUUUUUUUUUGAAAUAUAAUUCUUUUUAAUGUUUAUUGUUAAACCACAGUAAAGAUGAAACAUGAAAGAAGACUGUUCAUAGGAUUCCCAGACAGGGCAAGAUUCUGUUCACAUAUCUCAGGCUGUAACUCCACAAGGAAUGCCACAUUCCUUCAUCAUCUACCUCUGAAAAUAUUUAUUUUAACAAAUAAUCACUGUCACUUCCUCUCUGUGCCUCUCACCUUUAGACAUGAGGUUCUAUGUCUUUAUUCGUUGUCUGGGCUCUUGCUAUUUCAUACCUAUUCCCAUAGGGUAACUUUAAUUUCUUCCUUACUCAGCUCAAGAAUGAGCUACUUUUAUAAGUAGAAUUCUGGCACUAGCUAUUGAGAUUAAAAUUAAAUCUCACAUCAUUACUCAAACAGUAGCAGAACUGAUUUUCUCACAGGACCAUGGUGAGUACUUGCUUUUAAUAGCUGAGUAAUACUCCAUUGUGUAAAUAGACCACAUUUUCUUUAUCUAUUCUUCAGUUGAGGGAUAUCGAGGUUGUUUCCAAGUAAAGUACUUGGAAUUUUAAUAGGAAUAGUGUUGAAUCUGUAUUGCUUACAAGUAAAGCUAUUAUGAACAUAGUUUACCAAGUGUCCUUGUGGUAUGGUGGAGCUUCUUUUGGGUUUAUAUCCAGGAGUGGUAUAGCUGGUUAUUUCCAGUUUUCUGAGAAACUACAAAAUUUAUUUCCAAAGUGGAUGUACAAAUUUGCACUCCCACCACCAAUAGAGGAGUGCUCUUCUUGCUCUACCUCCUCACUAGCAUGAACUAUCCCUUGAGCUUUUGAUUUUAGUUAUUCUCACAGGUGUAAAAUGAAAUCUCAGUCAUUUUGAUUUGCAUUUUCCUGAUAACUAAGAAUUUUGAACAUUUAUGUACUUCUUAGCCAUUAGAGAUUCCUCUGUCAAGAAUUCUGUUUAAAUCUGUACCCCCAUUAUUUUAGUUGGGUUAAUGUCUAGUUUGAGCUUUUUAUAUAUUUUGUAUGUAGCCCUCUAUCUAAUGUGGAGUUAGUGAAACUCAUUUCCCUGGCUGUAGUUUGCCAUUUUAUCCUUUUGACUGUGUCCUUUGCCUUGCAGAAGCUUUUAAGUUUCAUUAGGUCCCUUUUAUUAGUUAUUUAUCUCAGUACCUGCACUGUUGGUGGUCUGCUUAGGAAGUGGUCUCCUGUGCCAGUGCAUUGAAAUCUAUUGCCCAUUUUCUCUUCUAUCAGAUUUAGUGUAUCUGUGCUUAUGUUGAGGUCUUUGGACCACUUGGACUUGAGUUUUGUGCAGAGUGAUUCAUAUGAAUCUAUCUGCAUUCUUCAGAAUGCACACAUCCAUUUGGACCAGCACCAUUUGUUGAAGAUGUACUUUGGUUUUUUGUUGGUUUUUUGUUUUGCAUUGCAUGUAAUUUUGGCUUCUUUGUCAAAAAUCAAGUGUCCAUAGAUGUGUGAAUUUGCUUCUGGUUCUCCAGUUUGAUUUCAUUGAUAAAUAUGUCUGUUUUUCUGCCAGUGCAAUGAAGUUUUUUAUUACUAUUGCACUGUAGUACAGCUUGAAAUUAGGAACGGUGAUACUUCCUGAAGUUCUUUUAUUGUACAGAAUUUCUUAGUUAACUUGGGGUUUUUGUUUUUCCAUAUGAAGUUGAAUAUUGUUCUUUAAAGGUCUAUAAAUAUUUGUGUUGGAAUUUUAAUAGGAAUUGUUUUGAAUCUGUAUUGCUUUUCGUAGGAUGGCCUUUUUUACUAGGUUAAUCAUACUGAUUCAUAAGCAUGGGAGAUCUUUCCAUCUUCUGAUAUCUUCUUCAAAGUCUUGAAAUGCAUGUCAUACAGGUGUUUCACUUCCUUGGUAAGAGUAACAAGAAGAUAUUUUAUAUUAUUUGUGGCUAGUGUGUUGUUUCCCUAAUUUCUUUCUCAGUCAAGUUAUUGUUUGUAUAUGGGAGAGCAACUGACUUUUUAAAAAAGUUUAUAUACAGGGGUUUAUCAGCUGUAGAAGUGUGCUAGUGGAAUUUUUGGGGUUACUUACGUAUACUAUCAUUUUCGAAUAGCAAUACUUUGCCUUCUUCCUUUCUAGUUUGUAUCCUUUUGAUCUCUUUUCGUUGUCUUAUUGCUCUAAAACUUCAAGUUCUAUAUUGGAUAUGGAGUCAGCCUUCACUUGUCCCUGAUUUUAGUGGAAUUGUUUUAUAUUUGUCUCUGUUGAAUUUUAUGUUGGCUAUCAACUUGCUGUAUAUUACCUUUACUGUGUUUAGGUAUUGGCCUUGUAUCCCUGAUCUCUCCAAAACUACAUUUAUCAUGAAGGGGUGUUAGAUUUUGUCAAAGUCUUUUUAAGUAUCUAGUGAGAUAUUCAUGUGGGUUUUGCUGUUGUUUUUUCAGCUUGUUUAUAUGUAGGAUUAACAAUGAUGAAUUGUCCUAUGUAGAAUCAUCUCUACAUCUUUGAUCGGAAGCCUACUUGAUCAUAGUGGACAAUGUUUUUGAUGUAUUCUUACAUUAGGUUUGUAAGUAUUUUAUUGAGUAUUUUUGCAUCAAUGUUCAUAAGGGAGAUUGGUCUGAAAAAUCUCAUUCUUGAGUCUUUGUGUGGUUUAGGUAUCAGGGUGAUGGUGGUCUCAUAAAAUGAAUUUGGCAGAAUUCUAUCUUAUGGAACAAUUUAAAGGAGACUCUUCUUUGAAGGUCUGGUGGAAUUUUGUUAAAAUAAAACCACCUUGCCUUGGGUUUUGUUGGUUGGGAGACUUUUCAUUCUAUUUUCUUAGGGUUUAUAAGUCUACUUAGUAAUUCACCCAGUAUUUUUAAGUUUCCUAAGUGGUAUUUAUCAAGAAAAUCAUCCAUUUUGUUUAGACUUCACAAUUUUGUGAAGUACAGAAAUUUUGAAACAUGACCUAAUGAUUCUUUGGAUUUCCUUGGUAUCUGUUAUGCCCUCUUUUCAUUUUUGAUUUUGUUAAUUUGGAUAUUCUCUGUGGCUUUUAGUUUGUUUGGCUAUAGGUUUCUCUACUUGAUUUUCUCUAAGAACAAACUCUGUUUCAUUGAUUCUUUAUAUUGUUUUCUCUAUUUCUAUUUUAUUGAUUUCAGUCCUGUGUGUGAUUAUUUCCUGCUAUCUAUCUAUUCCUCUUGGAUGUGUUUACUUCUUUUUGUUCUAGAACUUUCAGGUGCACUGUUUAGUUGCUAGUAUGAGAUCUCACUAAUUUCUUUAUAAAGUCACUGGUAUGAAAUUUCUUAAUACUUUGUGUCCUGAAAGUUUGAGUAUGUUGUGCAUUUAUUUUAAUUGAAUUCUAGAAUCUUUAAUUUCUUUAUUUCUUCCUUGACUCGGUGGUUAUUGCAUAGAGUUCAGUUUCAUGAGUUUGUAGGCUUUCUGUUGUUUCUAAAGUCCAGCUUUAAUCCAUGGUUGUCUGAAAAGAUACAGGGUGUUAUUUAAUUUUCUUAUAUCUGUUCAGACUUGCUUUGUGACUAAUUAUAUGGUCAAUUUUCGAGAAGGUCCUGUGACGUGCCGAGAAGAAUGCAUAUUCUUUUGUGUUGGGAUAAAAUAUUUUGUAGAUAUGUUAGGUCCAUUUGAGUCAUAACGUCUGUUAGUUCCAUUAUCUGUUUCGUUUGUAUCUGGAUGAUCUGUUAAUUGGUGAGAGUAGGGUGUUGAAGUCUCCAACAAUUAAUGUGUGUGGUUAAAUGUGUGGUUUGUUUUAGUAAUAUUUCUUUUACAAAUGAGGGUGCCAUUUGGGACAUAUUCAAAAUGGAGAGAUCAUCUUCGUAGAUUUUUCCUUUAGUAUGAAGUGUCCACCUCUUUUAAUUAAUUUUGGUUGCAAGUCUAUUUUAUUAGAUAUUAGAAUGGUUACUCUAGCUUGCUUCUUGUGUCAAUUUGCUUGGAAAAUCUUUUUCCAGCCUGUACUCUGAGGUAAUGCCUAUCUUUGAUGUUGAGGUCUGUUUUUUGAAUGCAGCUGAAUGAUGGAUCCUGUUUGCUCAUCUGUCCUGAUACUCUGUCUUUUUAUUGGGGAAUUGAGUUCAUUGUUGUUGAGAGAUAUUAAAGACCAAUGACUACUAAUUCCUGCUUUUAAAUGUUGGUGGUAGAGUAUGUGUAUCUGUAUUUUUCCUUCUUUUAGUUUUGCUGGUAUAAAUUUAUUCCCUGUGUUUUCUUCAGUACAGUUAAGGAUUAGUUUUCUUUCUAGUAUUUUCUGAACGGUUGGAUUUGUGUACAUUGUUUAAAUUUAGUUUUGUCAUGAAAUAUAUUGUUUUCUCCCUCUAUGGUGAUUGAAAGUUUUACUGUGAAUAGUAUAGUAGUCAGGGCUAUCAUCUGUGAUCUCUUCAAGACUGCAAUACAUCUGUCCAGGCCUUGCUGGCCUUUAGAGUCUCUAUUGAGAAAUUGGGUAUAAUUCUAAUAGGUCUGCAUUUAUAUAUGCUAGUUGGCCUUUUUCCCAUGCAGCUUUUAAUAUUCUUUGUUCUUUACAUUUAGUGUUUUUUAUUAUUGUGUGGCAGGGGGAUUCCCCCCCUUUUUGGUUCAAUCUACUUGGUGUUCUAGAAGCUUCUUGCAUAUAUAGGCAUCUCUUUAAAUUUUCUUCUAUGAUUUUGUUAAAAGUAUUUUCUGGGCCUUUGAGCUGGGAAUCUUUUUUCCUAUUCUUAUUAGGUUUGGUCCCUUCAGAAUGUCCCAAAUUUCCUGGAUGUUUUGUCUCAAAACCUUUUUAGAUUUAACAUUUUCCAUGACCAAAUUAUCAAUUUCUAUCAUAUCUUUACACCUGAGGUUUUUAUUCCAUCUUUUGUAUUCUAUUGGUGAUGCUUGUGCUUGUAAUUUGUUCUCUUACCUAGAUUUUCCAUCUACAGGUUUCCUUCAGUCUAUGUUUUAUUGUUUCUAUUUCCAUUUUUUAAGUCUUAAGCAAUUUUGUUCACUUUCUUCACCUAUUUGAUCGUAUUUUCCUGUAUUUCUUUAAGGGAUUUAUUCAUCUCCUCUUUAAUGAUCUCUAUCAUCUUCAUAAAAUGAGAAUUAAAGUCAUUGUGCUCCUCGGUAUGUUAGAAUAUUCAGGGCUUGCUGUAGUAAGAUAGCUAGGCUCUGGUAAUGCCAUGUUUCCCUGACUUGUAUUAUUACACUGGCAUUUAGUCAUCGAGAUUUUUGUAGUUAUUAUGGGUUUAGAUUUCUGAGUUUAUUUUUGUUGGAUGGGUGUUGGGUUUUUUUAAUGUACCUCACCCCCCCCUCCCUUGGUUUCUGUUUCCUCUCUGUCUUCUGGUCUGAGUAGCCUGGGAUUCUGGCACGAUUCCCAUAACACCAAUUAAACUUUUUGCAAACAAAGGUUAUAUUAUGCUUAUUAGAAUCAAAACAUUUUCAUAUUAUUAUGAGUUCAUUCUUCAGGCAGCAUGUAACACACAAUCCUGAUCAUGUCUUUAAGAAAAUUAAGAUAUGGUAUCACACUGUAACACUGUAGCCCAGGCUGGCUUGCUUAACAUUGUGUAUGUAUGGCGGGUGUGUGUGUGUGUGUGUGUGUGUGUGUGUGUGUGUGUGUGUGAAUGUGCAGAACAGUCGGAGGGUGGACCAGGAGGGGAAUAAAAUCUUAAGUGUGAAAAAAGAAUGAAUAAUAACUUUUAAAAAAGAAAGAAAAAGAUCCAUUUACUUGGACUUCUAAUUUUCAUCUUCUCUUUUUUACCAGUUUCUCUUAGACGUCUCCUCUACCUAGUUGUUUCAGUUCUGAUCAAGCAUUAUUACUCUCCCUAUAUUCUGACUCCACCUUGUAGCUUUCAUUAUCAAGUGAAACCAGACAUUAACCCAUCUCUCCUGAAUGCAACUAUACUAGACUACACAAGAAUGUAUCAAACCCUUCCGUUUUAAUCUGAAUUCAUCUGUUUACCCUCAAUUAUAUCCAAAAUCUAUCUCAGCCUCAGACAUUGCAUUUGCAAAUGAGAAUUCUCUUACUCUCCUUGCUAAUCAAAUCCAAUUAGUUACCAGGGAAAUUGAUUCUGUAUCCUAAAUCUUAAGACCAUUUCUAUUUCAGCCUAUAUCCCUGUAACUUAUCUAGCCAAAACUUACAAGGUUUCCCAGACUCUAAAUCUUGUUCUUUCACUGUCAAAAACAAAAAUUAAAAAUGUCAAAAGAAAAAAUUAUAAUAAAUUCAGUUAUAGAUCAUAUAAGCUUUUAUCUACCAAAUAUAAAUCAGGGCACUAUUGAGUCUACAAACUAUAGAAAGAUCUCUCCUACAAGACUGGUAGACUGGCAGGUUUUUGUAAGGUGGGAAUGAGGAAAGAGAACAACUGGAGAAGUGCAAGAGUUAGCUUUUUGUUUUGUUCUAGGUGAGCACAGGAGACUUCAUUAUUCUGCUCAAGACACUCAGAUAGACUGAAGUCGUUUUCAGCAAAACAAUGUUGGGACUCUAAUUCUCUUGACAUUUCAGUCUGGAUAUGAACAUUUUGGCUUUGUCUAGUCUAUUGGGGCCAAAGGCAGAAGAAAGAAGAAGCUCAAUCCAAACAGUGGCCUCCCACAGCUAAAUUCAGAACAGUGUUAAUGACCCCAUAGAAAGAAUGAAUCAUUUCACUCAGGUCAAAACCCUUUAGUUCCAAUUUCCUUAGGAGUAGAACUUAAAUGGCAUACCAUACUACAGAAGGCACAUCAUUAACCAUCCAUCCCUCCUCAUUAAUCAGUUCUUCUUCCUACACUAUGUUCCUACAUGCCUAAAACCCUUGGCUUCUCCAAUGUGGAAAUAGUUUCUCCUGUUGUGACCCAAUUUGUAUUGUUUCUUAUUGUUUCUCACUCCAAUCAUAUCAAAUCUUAAUUGAAUUCUUCUGCACUCAGUGUAAAAUGUUUCUUUCUCCUGAGAAGCUCUCUAUCCCUGUACUGCCUACCCCACAAACCCUUCAAAGCUGUUCAUUGUGGCUGAGCAACUAUAAUAAAGGAACCAAUUAGUUCUA